GCGUGCAUCAUCUUCUUCCUCUUCUUCUUGUGCACACACACAUCCAUAUCUGCAAAUGGCGGGAGAGAUCAAGGUGGGGGCGUGGGGUGGCAACGGAGGGUCUGCAUGGGACAUGGGGGCUGCCUACCGCAUCACCAACAUCAAGAUUCGCGCCGGAGACAACAUCGAUGCCAUCGUGAUCACCUUCACCCGUUAUGGCCUGAUCGAGACCAAGCACUUCGGUGGCUCCGGGGGCACACCCCACGAGAUUCCACUGCAAGAGGACGAGUAUCUUGUGGGCGUCGAGGGGUCUGUGGAUACGCUGGGGACAAUCACUCUGGUGAGGAACCUGACGCUGAGGACCAACAAGAAAAGCUAUGGACCUUUCGGCACCGGUGGCGGAAAACCUUUCUCCGUUCCUGUAGCCUCGGGUAAGAUCAUUGGCUUCUUUGGACGUGCGGGCACCAUGAUUGAUGCCAUCGGAGUUUACCUCGCACCUAAAGAACAUGGUUAUGGGCCCACCCAUGCAAUACUUAGUGGGCACGUAUUUCCCGGGGGCGUAGGUGAAGAAGUAGCUAUAAAUACCCCCCAUCCCUUCCCAGAGGAGGGGCGUGCAUCAUCUUCUUCCUCUUCUUCUUGUGCACACACACAUCCAUAUCUGCAAAUGGCGGGAGAGAUCAAGGUGGGGGCGUGGGGUGGCAACGGAGGGUCUGCAUGGGACAUGGGGGCUGCCUACCGCAUCACCAACAUCAAGAUUCGCGCCGGAGACAACAUCGAUGCCAUCGUGAUCACCUUCACCCGUUAUGGCCUGAUCGAGACCAAGCACUUCGGUGGCUCCGGGGGCACACCCCACGAGAUUCCACUGCAAGAGGACGAGUAUCUUGUGGGCGUCGAGGGGUCUGUGGAUACGCUGGGGACAAUCACUCUGGUGAGGAACCUGACGCUGAGGACCAACAAGAAAAGCUAUGGACCUUUCGGCACCGGUGGCGGAAAACCUUUCUCCGUUCCUGUAGCCUCGGGUAAGAUCAUUGGCUUCUUUGGACGUGCGGGCACCAUGAUUGAUGCCAUCGGAGUUUACCUCGCACCUAAAUAGACCUCUUCGAGUGCUGCUGCUGCUGCAGCUACUCUACGUUGGGGUGCUUCAAUAAAUGAUCGAGGCUUGCUGUUAGCUACUUGGACGUCAUGAAUUGUUACCGUCGUCGUCGUUGUCGUCGUCGUCGUCGUUAGGGUGGCUGUGAUCAUGAA